AUGGAUGAGUCACAUCAGUUGAUUAUGCUGAAGUGUGCCAAGGCCAAUAUUGGCCCAGUGAGGGCAUUUCGUAUUUUUAAAGAACUGGUUGGAAGUUUUGAGGAAGUGGGGUGCACCAGCAAGGAUUUUAAAAAUCUAUCUUACACCAUGAAUUCAUACGAGGAUGGUGUUGAUGCACAACUACUACUUGACAGGUUUCUAAGUAAACGUGAAACUGAUGAAUGUUUCAAGUGUGAAUAUUUAGUUGAUGAAACACACAAGGUGAAGAGUUUGUUUUGGAGUGAUGCUGUUGCUGUUCAAAAUUACUCGAUAUUUGGUGAUGCGGUGUCCUUUGAUGCCACGUAUACAACGAACAGGUACGACAUGAUUUUUGCUCCAUUUACCGGCAAGGAUAAUCAUGGUGGGUGUGUUACAUUUGGAGCAGGGUUACUAACUAGAGAGGAUGUGAGUUCAUACUCAUGGAUUUUAAAACAGUUUAUUGAAUGCAUGGGAACCGCUCCUGCAAUGAUUAUAACAGAUCAAGACCCAGCGUUGAAAAUUGUUGUUGAAAAUGUCAUGCCCAACACAAGACACAGGUUCUGUAUGUGGCAUAUCAUGAUGAAGCUUGCUCAGAAAUUGCCGAAUUCUUUACGAGAAGAUGCCGAACUGAAAAGCGAGAUACAUUCUGUUGUAUGGUCGGAAUUGGAUGAGCCAUCUGAUUUUGAAAGGAAAUGGACAGAAGUAUUAGAUCAAUAUGAGUUGACUGACAACACAUGGCUUGCCGAUAUGUUUUCACUCCGUUUGUAUUGGAUACCUGCCUACUUUCGAGAUUUGAGCAUGAGCGGCUUGUUUAGAAUGACAUCAUUAUCCGAAAGCGAGAAUAGUUUUUUUCGGAGAUACUUGAAUCGGAAUUCCAAUCUCGCUGCAUUCUACAUUCACUUUGAGAGUGCUAUGGAGGCACAACGGCAUAAUUACAAACAGGCGUGCAUUGUAGAUCAGACAACGGUGCCCCCAUUGAAGAUUCACACCCCACUGGAACACCAUGCCUCACUUAUAUACACCAGGAAUGUGUUUAUGGAUAUUCAAACGGAGAUCGUUGAGGCUAUUGAUAGAUUCCGUAUAAAGUCAAUGGAGACAGACGACGACAAGCAACGAUACUCCGUAGAUGACAGAUCUAAUGGUGUGUUUAAGGUUGUGCAUAUAGCGUCAGAAGAAACCAUUACAUGCUCCUGCAAAAAGUUUGUGAGGGUUGGUCUUCCAUGUCGACAUAUGUUUGUUGUUAUGCGAAAUGUGGGAAUGAAGUUAAUUCCUUCCAAAUAUAUAGUACAUCGAUGGCUAAAGGCUGCUAGUGCAGAAGUUAUAUCAACUAGCAACAUGAAGUCACGCAACAAGUCAUUGAUGGCAGAGGCUUUUCGUUGUAUUGGCAUUGCAGAAGGGAAUGACGAGCUAGCUGAUUCACUCUUAACAGAACUGAAAUGUUGGGCAGAACUUAAUUCAAACGGCGCACAAUGCUUGUCUCCUGUGAGCGGGAAGCAAAAAAUGUUUGAAUUAUUCUAUGGUUCGAAGAUCCCUUCAGUUGUAAAUGUUCAUCCUCCAGAUGCCGUGAAGACUAAGGGAAGUGGCAAGAGAUUGAAGUCAACUUAUGAGGUAGAAGCUGAGAAGGCGAAAAAACCAAAGAGAAGAUGCAGGAAAUGUCGUCGUCUAGUUAGACAUGAUUCCCGCAAUUGUGGAAAGGUUGUCAAAGAAGAGAGCGACGAGGAGUGA